AUGGCUCUUCCUGCUAAAGUACCGGACCCACCUAUUGGGUCCACCACAACACUAGGUCAAGCCAAUAUAACCACUCCACAACCCUCUACUACUACCUCUACCACAACCAGCACUAGGUCAUAUCUCGAUGUUGCCACAGCCACUCCCGCCCCCAGUCAAGUACCAGUCGUUCUUUUCUCUAACUUGCCGACAUCUACGGAUCGCGUCUGGCACAAAAAUACAUCUCGUCAUUCGGUAUUCUUCACCCCACCAACUGAUUCCACCCUUACCUCUGAAUUCUGGACUGCUCUCAGAGCAAGCGUUCCUACGGCAUGCACCUUGGGAAUAUCAUUCGCUCAUCGUCAACUGCUCAUCCACGAAUUGCACCUGACCAAUUCUACCAUCUGCACCGAACUCUGUUCCAAAGGCUUCCUGGUUGGAGGCCAAACGGCUAUCAAAACAGCCUUGGCCGCAUAUGGCACCAUCCGAGAAGUCGGUUUGCAUUUUCGUGUCAAUUUUUUUGAUGUCACUGGUUUUGCUUACCUUGAACGACCACCCAACCCCGAUGCCACCCUUGCCAAACUCUCAUACAAGAUCCCGUAUGAUGGCGACUUGUACUUCUUAGGUACCUGGAAACAGAUGGGUAUUCACUGUAAUUAUUGUAAAGUUAUGGGCCAUGCUAUUGAAAACUGUCCAGACCGCCCCAAAGAUUCCCGAUGCUGCUUCACUCGUGACCAGACUGGUCACUUGCAACAUGCCUGCCCCAGAGCACCCCCCACGGACGCCAGCUCUUCCAAGAGACCCCGAAAGGUUCCCACAACACCUGAAUCCCCUGAUCACUCAUGCAAGACUACUCCCGGUGCGUCUCACAGACCUCUGGCCAAGAAAUCGAUCCCCCCUUGCGGUACACCUACGAUGGCUGAGGGAUCACAGGCUACUACCACCACCUCCCACACGAAUUCCUCAACACCACGACGACCCUCUGUCCCCGCUGUUCCUACUUCCCCCUGCCAGUCUGCCAACAGGUUUGCUGCACUUGAUGGACUAACUGACAACAGCCACACAGGCGCACUCUUCGACCCCACUCUGCCUCUUCCUCAGACACACAACACCCAGUAUGAUCCCGUCUUUCACCCCCUCCACAACGCUUUUCUUCUCUCCAACUACACUUCCGGCUCCACUAAAGACGAAGAAGAAAUUCACCCCAGCGCUUUUGACAGCAACGACGACCAAGACUCCCAGAAUAUCCUAACUGAUGACGAGAUGGCAGACGGCGAUCAUUCUUAA